UAGCCAAAAUUUCACAUACGUUUCUCUUAGACUAUGCAAACGAGUUCCCUGCUUCCGGGAGUUUAUUUGCUUUUCAUCAUUUAGAAAAGUUUUCGCUGUAACACUCGUUUGACCCCAACAUGUACUACACGAUCGCUAUUACCUUGCUAAUCUGGAUUCCGGUCAUUACUCGUACGAUAUCUGCGCCAUCAUCAGAGCCGACCAAGAAUGCAUGGUUGACCCGGGAACCGGAUGCCGUUGGCGCUACCCAUCAUCGUCAAGUUCGACAACACACGUUCCUUAGUUUUGGCAGACCUUUUCGGUGUCUGCUCAAAGACGGCAAGAUGCACGUUAAUACCCCCUCCAGAGGUUUGACCUAUGAAUUCAACGCCACCACGUGGCCCAACUAUCGCGAUAACUGCGGCCCGGAUGGUUAUCACCCUUGGAUAGCCUUGUGAAUUGUGAGGCAACAAGAGAUCAGUGCUGUAUCUACGGCUCCUUGUGCGCGUUAAGAAAUAUUGUCCAGUCGACCCAAAAAGGAUUUAUGCAAUAAUAUGAUUACGUAUGUACGAUUAAGAUUCGUUUUUUCUUAAAAAGUGACGUUC